UGGAUUACAAUUGCCAUCAUUAUUCAUAAUUUGGUUAUUGAUGUUGACAGAGCAAGAGCAGGUAGUAUAUUUUCUGCGGCACAUACAGGUGCAGAGGAGAAUGAGGAUAUAAGUGAGGCACAUAAACCUAUUGAUAACAACACAGAUGGAGGAGAUGCAAAACAGAGACAGUUGGUUGCAGAGCUUAUGGUAUAUAAA